AUGUUAAAUUUGGAUAAUAUAAUUGCAUGUUCUAAUAGCUAAACUUUAAAUUAAAAAGUUGAAACGAUCUAUUCAUAUACAUUGUGAAUUAAUUAAUAUAAAUUGAAAUAAAAAGCAAUGUAAUUUAGCACCGAACACGUGAUGUAUUACACGUACACAAGUUGCGUAUGACGUCAGCGCAUGACACACGGAAGUGUGCGAGACGCGCUGAACGCGAGAUGAGAGAUGCGCUGAACACGAGAUGAGUGAUGCAGAAAUGGAUUAAUAAGGUUUAUAUUGUUAAAAUUCAUUUAAUAAGGUUAUAAGCAACUUUAUAAUACUUUGUGGUUGACGAUGAUGAAUCAUUUUAGAAUGGUGAUUGCUGAUUUGAGUGCAGAUGCUAGCCGAUUGUGAAGCUUCUUUGAAUCUGAAACGGGUGUAAAAAAAAAACCUGUGAAACUCGGGAUUUGGUCAGGUUUACUGCUUCAUUGAAAAAAUUCUCUCAUGGAUUUGAGAUGGCGAGCCACCCAAAAUUGAAUGCUGAUUUCUGAGCCUGGGGAAAAGACAUUUUUGCUGUAUCACAAGGUUUUCGUUGCGCCAGAGACAUCAAUUUCUUCAGUUAGGAGGACUUUGCUUUGUUCUGUUUGGACCACUUCUUCGAACUGGUAGGAUUGAACUGAUUGCGCAUUUACCCACUGGAUCUCUUAAAGGAUUUUCUGGACGAUAUUCAAGAGACAAUUCAAACAAAGAGUUAAAACAAGGGUGUUGUUUAUUUAACGUUAUUGAAUGUGAGUCACAUGUGAAUAUUGAAUUUCCUUUUACCAAUUCAUUGUGACAAGAAGUUUCAGUUGGUCAAAUUAUUGUUUACAUCAUUUUAUUUUAUUGAAGGGAUUAUUUUGGUUUGUUUAAACACGGUAUAGGAAAUUAUGGCACAACAAGCAGAGUAGAAUAAGAACCUUAAACUCUAAAAUAAAAAACCGAAAGACAGGGAGCUGUCCAAAAGAAAUACAGAACAAUCUAAUAAGAGUCCUACUAAAGACAUAUGUAAACAGAGACAAAAUAGAUAACAUUGAUUAAACUGAUAUAAGGAAAAGAAAAAAAAGGGAUUUAAACCUUGAAAGAAUAAGAUAAGAAAUUCAAAAGACCACAGAAGGUUUAUAAUUUGUGUAUUAUUUUAUUGUUUUGUUAUUAUUGUUGUUUCAUUUUAUGUAUGUGACUGUUCAAUUUAAAAUUACAAAUACUUUCCUUACUUGAUGUCUGUGAUUCAUUUACUGCCAAUAUUCUGUUCUCCACCGACCUAGAAACUGGUCCAUUGCUCCAACCUACGUUGAGGGCCCUUGUUACAUAAAUCUUGGCGAGCCAGCCAGGAGAACAGUGGUAGUAAAUAUAUCUUGAACGGGUUCCUAAAAAAAAGAAAAAGAGAGAAAAAUCAGAUUUUACAAAAAUUGAGAUCGCGUCAGUCCUUAGAAACAUGGAUAUCGUUGAAACUGAGAAUGUUAAAGUUGCAAACUCCGUGAUAGUUCAUGGGUUGACUGACACAGAGUGCGACGAAGACUUGAUUGAAUUUCUAAACAAGCACGGACACGUUAAUAGACAUCUAAGAGUAGAUGACCUAAAUUCGCCUUUUCACGGAGACGUCAUUGUAGAAUAUGAAAGCUGCUCUGCCCUUGUAACUCUUGAGCCAGUGUUACCUUACACUUUCAGAAGCUCUCAUGAUGUCUCUUAUGUCAUAUCACUCUUGUCAAGUACUUACUUGCCAGCAGCAACCAAGCAAGCUACCACUUGUUACUUUGCUGAGCUGCAGAAAUUAGCUACAAUCAGUGGAAGGACUUUUGAGGAACUUCUGCAAGAACAGUUAUCUCAAGUCACUACAUCAAGAGCUGAAAUCGCAACAGACAAGAAUGAACCAAAGUCUUCUUUGGGAACUAGCACUCCCGCACACGAUCCUCUUACCUCAUUCAAAGAUGGCAAAAGCGCAGAGGGGUGUCAAAGUCCAGACACUUUGCGUUCAGUGGCCUUUGGAAAGAGAACGCCAGCUUUUGAUAUGGUUGAUGUAAAUCCACCUGAAAUCCAGCGUGUGGUAGUCGAACAUCUAAUAAAGAAUGAGGGAACUUCCCACAUGCAUGCACCGUUCAGACUUAGAGUGUUCUCUGGGAAAAUUCCACGUCCAAGCACUGAAGUCGAUUAUGAUGUCUGGAGAGGGAGUGUUGAAUUGAUUCUCCAAGAUCCUUCGCUUUCUGAAUUGCACCGAUCCAGGAAGAUAUUAGACAGUUUGUUACCUCCAGCAUCGGAAAUUGUGAGGCAUUUGGGUGCAACGGCCCUACCUAAUGCAUACCUCGACAUUCUGGAUUCUGCUUUUGAUGUAGUGGAGGACGGAGAUGAUCUUUUUGCUAAAUUCUUGAACACAUUGCAAAAUACAGGUGAAAAGCCUUCCUUGUACCUACAGCGUUUACAAUCAGCUCUCUUAAAAGCAAUAAAAAGAGGUGCCGUUUCCAAAGCUGAGGCUGAUAAACAGCUCUUGAAACAGUUCUGUCGAGGCUGUUGGAAUGACACGUUGAUAACAAACCUCCAGCUCGAGGCUAAACGAGAGAGUCCACCUUCGUUUUCUGAACUGCUUCUGCAGUUGCGCAGUGAAGAAAAUCGACAUUCUGCCAAAGAGAGCCGUAUGCGUCAGCAUCUGAAUGUGCAUCGACAUAGAGUCAGCUCAAAUGCUGUAUCCACAAGCUCCUUGGACUUGGAUGAUGGUGCGGCAUCAGAGGAAAGCGAGAUUGCAGAACUAAGACGGCAAGUUACAAAACUUCAAAAUCAGCUCAGUAAGCAGAAAGUCAAACGGACAGAGGGUGAUGAUGUGCUCCACUUGAAGAAACAGAUUGCAGAACUCCAGAGUCAGUUCACAAAGCUUGGAACCCAAAAGCCCCAAAAGCAAAAAGACCGUGAGACCAAACAGGCUUACUUUAAGCCCACUGUUUCAGCUGUGGUCCCAACGUCCCUAGAUAGACCUAAGCCAGGUUAUUGUUUCCGCUGUGGCGAAGAUGGACAUAUUGUGUCUGGUUGCGAGAACGAACCAAACCCAUCUUUAGUGAAUGAGAAACGGAAGCAGCUGAGGGAACGGCAGAGUCUGUGGGACCGCCAACAGUGCCAAGGGGCCUCAGAGUCUUUAAACUGGAAUUAGCCCCUGUAGCGAGACGUACAAGGGCUACCAUAUGCAAAACUAGUCUCAAAAGAUCCACAGGAAGAAGGGGUAGUUCAGAGUUUUCCAACAGCA